AUGCUGGAAGAGAUCUCUAAAUAUAUAGAGUCAGGAAUACCAAGAUUUUACAAGCAUUUCACCACAUUUGAGCAAUUAUUGGGUGGAGUCGGCGACGAUGUAAAGCAACGACCGCUGGACCCGACGGCCAUUGAAUACAAGCAAAUAAUGUUACGCGAAUUGAAACGUGGUUCAUUAGUACGCAUGGUGUUGCUAUUAAUGUUGCCCGUUUUGCGUAAUCACAAAUUGAUCAAGUACCUUAAAAGUGACCCCAACUAUAAGCCCAGUCCGUUGACAAACCAUAUGCUGUUAAUGGACUUUGAUAUAACAAAUCAACUGAAUUUGUUAAAGAGUGUAAUUGAUUUAAACCUGGCUAAUCUAUCGGCACCUGAACAGAGCGAACUGAUCCAAUUGACCAAGGAUACGCUUGAAUUGAAUGAUAAAUAUUAUUUGCCCACAAGUCCUGCGCCCACCGAACGGCCCAUAAGUGCUGACCCAACCGAAUGGCAACGAAUUAUAAAAACUACUGAACCAAACGUCAAACAAUUGAGUGAUAGAGUGUUUGAACCGUUGGCCGACUUUACGGCGAAGAUGUUUGCCUCGGAUUUCGUACAGAAGUUACUAAUGAACGCAGAAAUGAUUAAUGAAAACAUACGAAUCGGUCGGAUAUUCUUAAAAAGAGUAAAAGCGAGACUUCCGACCCGUCUCGAGCUAUUAAAACAAAGUUUAUCGGUGGCCACCGACGAUCAAAGCCGGCAAAUAUUAGACGGAGUUAUCAAGUAUUUGGUGCCAAUUGAUGAACAAUUUGUGGCCAAAAUUGAGCAACAAUUGGGUGGCGGCGGCAACGAUGCGAACCUACAGGCGAUGGACGAGACAGAGAUUGAAUUUCAGCAAUUGAUUCACAGAGAAUUGAAACGUGGUUCGUUAGUCCGAAUGAUGUUGCUUGAAAUGUUACUCAUAUGGCGUAAUCAACAACUACGAAAGUAUCUGAAUACGCAGCCCCGGUAUCAGCCCCGGCCGUUGUCCGACUUAAUGCUAUUUAAAGACUUUGACGAUAAACUGCUUAUGAAUGCGUAUAAUAGUAUCAUUCGUUUAAACUCUGCUAAUAUAUCGCCCGCCGAUGAGCGCGAGCUGACCCAAUUGGCCAGAGAAGUGAUGGUAUUGUUUGACAAAAUGUAUGUUACGUAUCGACCGACAAGUCCUGUCCCUACGGACGCUUCCAAUAGUAUUAACCCUUCGUCGCAACACAUAAAAGAUCUAAUGAGUGAAACGUUUCAAAAAUCAAUGAUGACAUUCGUUAACACGGAUUACGUCCAGAGAAUACUCAUGAAAGGAGAAAUGAGUGAUGAGAACAUACGGUUGGCUCGGAUUUAUUUGAAAAUUUUUAAAGAUUCGAUUACAAUCCGUCAGCAGCUCCUGAAGAAAACCCUAUCGGUUGCCACCGAUUCUAAAACUCGUCAAAUACUGGACGAGAUAUCCAGGAAUGUAGAGAUAAAUGUGCCUAAAAUGGACACACAUUUCACCAAAUUUGAGCAAUUAUUGGGUGGAGUCGGCGACGAUGUAAAGCAACGACCGCUGGACCCGACGACCGUUGAAUAUAAACACUUAGUUGACCGCGAAGUGAAACGUGGUUCAUUAGUACGCAUGGUGUUGUUAUUAAUGUUGCCCGUUUUGCAUAAUCAAAAAUUGAUCGAGUACCUUAAAAGUAAGCCUAGCUACCGGCCCAGUCCGUUGACAAACCAUAUGCUGUUAACGGACGUUGAUAAAACAAAUCAACUCAACUUGUUAAAAAGUGUAAUUGAUUUAAAUAUUGGUAAAUUAUCGGCACCUGAACAGAGCGAACUCAUCCAAUUGACAAAAGAAAUGCUUGACUUACAUGAUAAGUGUACUUAUCACACAAGUCCUGAGGAGCCCACAAGUGCUGACUCAACCGAAUGGCAACGUAUUAUAAGUACUGAACCAAAGGUCACACAAAUAAGUGAUCGAUUGUUUGAACCGUUUACCGACUCUGUGACGAAGACGUUUGCCUCGGAUUACGUCCAGAAGAUACUAAUGACGGGCGAAAUGACUGAUGAAAAUAUACGAAUCGGUCGGAUAUUCUUGAAAAAUAUCAAAAAUUCGAUUACAAGUCGUUUCCAACUAUUGAAAUAUAUCCGAUCGAUCACAACCGAUGACAAAAGCCGUAAAAUACUGGACGGAAUAAUAGGAUAUUUGGGCCCAAAAAAUGAACAAUUUUUGACAAAAUUUGAGCAAAAAUUGGGUGCCGUUGGGGACGAUGUAAAGCAACAGCUAAUAAAUGAGACCAAUAUUGAAACUCAGCAAUUGAUUCAGCGGGAAAUGAAACAUGGUUCAUUAGUCCGAAAGGUGUUGGUGCUAAUGAUGCCCAUUUCGCGUACACUACAAAUACAGGAGUAUCUCAAAAAGCAGCCCCGAUAUCAGUCGAGCCCGUUGUCCGACUUAAUGCUGUUUAAAGAGUUUGAUUUGAAAACGCUUUUGAAUGCGUAUAAAAAUGUGAUUUAUCUCAACGCUGUGAACAUAACGGCGCCCAUAGAGUCCGAACUGAUGACAUUUGUCAAAGAUGUUUCUAAGUUUAAAAAUCCGCUCAUAAGUCCUGAUACUAAAAAUGAACCUGCCACAAAUUCUGGCCCUAAUGAUAGACCAUUUGGUCCUACGUCCACAAUUCGGCCCUUCAGUCCUGUCUUUAUUGAUAGUCCAAAUGGUCAUAACAUAAGUCCCGUCACCACUGAUCUGCCUAUAAGUAACUCAUUAACCGUUCGACUGUUGGAAACAGUGGAGCACUCGUUGGCCAAACUGUUUGCCUCGGAUUACGUCCAGAAGAUAGUAAUGAUGGCAGAUAUGAGUAAACAAUUUACUAUGCGUUUGGGUAGAAUAUUUUGGUGGAGAAUCAAAAAAUUAUUCCAAACGCGUGUUGAGAUGUUAAAAGGGGCGCAAACAUUGGUCACCAUCGAUACGGACUGCAAAUAUUUAGAACAAAUUACGAAUCGUUUAAUAAACGAAAGCCAAAUAGUUUUGGCCACUAAUAAACAAAUUCUGGGCGACAUUAACGACGUUAUACAGGAAACCGCUCUCUCGGAGAUAACGCUUGACUAUCAACUACUGGUGUACCGGGAAAUGAGACGGCGCUCAUUGAUUCGUAUGCUGGUCACCGACUUAGUGCCCGUUUGGCGCAUUCUACAGCUCCGGGAGUACGUGAAACGCCAGCCCCAGUACAGGCCCAGCGCUUUGUCGCGAUUCUUGUUGUAUUCAGAUAUUGAAUUGGACACCUUGUUUAAAUUUUAUAAGAAAAUGAUUGAUUCGCUUUUACCUAAUAUAACGCCCACCGAAAUGCAAGAGCUGAUCCAAUUAAUUAAAGAAUCAAUUGAUAUAGAUCUUAAAUUUAUUUCAGUUCCUAUCGAGUCGCUCAGUUCGCUGGCCUGUAAUAAUAAAACGCUGACCACUUCUAGUACUGAGAAAAAGUACCUUUUAUCAAAUGUGCACUAUUCCCAUAGCCUCAUACCGACAAAUGAGCAGCCUAAAGCCAGCUACAGAUUUACGACCGACAUGAAAGAAGUACCAUCUGACAACAAAGAAAUGAGCGUGGUCGCUGAAUAUCGACUCAUAAGUCCGUUCACUACCGGGUGGUCCAAAACGAUUAACGCUUUGGUCAAACAGAUG